AGAAACCUUCUUCCCAACAUGUCGAACGAGCAAAUGAAAGCUGUGCACUACGAAGGACCCUUCAAGGUCUCCGUCAAGGAGGUUCCAUUGCCAAAGCUCGAACACCCAGACGAUGCUAUUAUCAAGGUGACUACUGCUGNNAACAUGGGAAUCGUUACAGAAGUCGGUUCUGGAGUGACACUGCUCAAGAAAGGCGACCGUAUCGUGCUUCCUUUCAACGUAGCAGAUGGCAGGUGCCGUAACUGCGAGAAUGGAAAGACUGCAUUCUGUACUGGCGUCAACCCUGGUUUCGCAGGAGGUGCUUACGGCUACGUUGCAAUGGGCCCGUACCAAGGAGGACAGGCACAGUAUCUUCGUGUGCCUUAUGCCGAUUUCAAUGCUCUUGUUCUACCACCUGGCACAGAACAUGAGGCCGACUUCGCUCUUCUUGCUGACAUUUUCCCGACUGGCUGGCACGGUCUUCAACUAUCUGGCUUCCAACCUGGUGAUAGUGUGGCUGUCUUUGGCGCGGGUCCUGUAGGUUUGAUGGCUGCUUACUCCGCUGUCUUGCGCGGAGCUAGCAAGGUGUUCGUUGUCGACCAAGUCAAGGAGAGAUUGGAUGCUGCAAGAAAGAUUGGAUGCGAAGGUGUCGACUUCACCAAGAGUAACCCUGUGGAGCAGAUCAUCGAGCUCAAUGGUGGAGAGAUGGUUGAUCGUGCAGUUGAUGCUGUCGGUUAUCAAGCCGUCGACAAGAGUGGUAAUAAGGAGCAGCCCAACAUUGUUCUUGACCAACUCAUCCAAGUCACUAGACCCACCGGCGGCUUGGGUAUCCCUGGUCUCUACGUUCCUUCCGGACAGAUCCUCAUCUCCUUCGGUAAGCUCUUCGAGAAAGGUCUAUUCCUCGGAACCGGACAGUGCAACGUCAAGGCCUACAACCGUCAACUUCGCGACCUCAUCGUUUCUGGCCGCGCAAAGCCUUCUUUCGUCGUUUCUCAUGAAGUCGACAUCGACGAGGCUGUCGAUGCUUACGACAAGUUCGACAAGAGAAUUGAUGGCUACACCAAGGUGUUGCUCCAUCCCAACGGUCCCUUGGACAAGUUCUCGAUCUAG